AGGCCGCUCUUAGCUAUCCGUCUUAUCGCCCUAUUAUGGUACCUUCGUGUGUUGCAUUUUAAAACUCUCAGUGAAAACACAUCUUCGUUACUAUUCAUUUCCGAUCGAUCGCGUAAUGUGACGCUCAUUCUGAGAUUUCAUGUCGAAUAAAACUAAGACUUAUUGGAGCAAAGAACUAAGUGUACUUGGAGGGUUAUGUUGUAGCGGUGGGUCAUCUUCCGCGCGCUUGUCAGCUCCGUUGUGACGCUGGAAAAGUGAAGUACUUUCACUCUCCCGUUUUCGUUCAUCUCACCGUCGCUGCUGAAAGGAUCAUUUCAAUAUUUACCUGAGACGUUAGAAUUGAUUAUACUUGUACAUGGAAUCUUUUCCUCAUUAACGUCCAGCACAGAAGCUGUGUGUCGUUUACUACCUUACUGCUAUGUAUUUGCACUUUUCUGGAAUUUGAACAAGAACGUACCUUCUUGGAAUACACUAGAGACGCUUAACGCCAUAACUUAUCGCCUUCUAUCGAUGUGGUUGGACUUGCUGUUCAUUUUCAUUAAUUCUAAAUUCAGUGAGGGACUAGUUAGGUCACUUCUGUCUGUUUCGCUUAUAAACAGUCUUGUUAAUCGUACAUGAUUGUCAUUAUGAAUUCGGGAAGUUGGUUUAGCAUAAUUAUUCGUCCCAAGAGUUAAGAAUUCGGAAUACACAAUAUAUGUUGUGAAAUUCAUUUUACUAGAAAGGACGACAGAAUCCAUAAUAUUUUUUGAUUACGAUGGACAAUCGCAAAGAUUUCAAUUGCAAUGGAGAUAUCAAGCACAACCAAGAGGAGCGUGCACCUUGCUUGGAUAAAAACAUGAAAAACAAGAGAAAUUCUUUGGAUAAAGUUGAUGUGACGGUACAUUUGUACGAUAAUACAGGGUGUUCAGGUCCCUGGACUUCCAGAGAAAAAUAUUUGACUGUUGUGUGUGUUCUCUUGUUCAGUGCUUGUAUUGCAUUUGUCACCGUGGCUUUUAUUCGAGAUAACGAAGAAACCACAUCAAACGUUUGUUUAACAAAAGACUGUAUCGAAACUGCUUCCCAGCUCCUGGAGUCUAUAGACCCAUCCGUAGACCCCUGUCAAGACUUCUAUCAGUAUGCCUGUGGCAACUGGAACAAAAAACACAUCAUUCCUGACGACAGACCAAGCUUCAAUACAUUUGAGAAACUUCAUGAUGACUUGCAAAUUAAACUCAGAAGCCUAUUAGAAGAAAGAGAACAGAGUUAUGAUAGCAUAGCAACAUCAAAGGCCAAGAAGUUAUACAGAUCAUGUGUAAACACAAGUAGAAUUGAGGCAGUUGGUGAUGCGCCAUUACGUCGUGUGAUUUCACUACUGGGGGGUUGGCCAGUCGUCGAGAAGAGCUGGAAAGGAGAUAACUUUAUCAUAGAGGACGUUUUGGGUCUAGUGAGAGCUAAUUUUACCAGCAAUAUCAUCUUGUUUUGUUCUGUGGCGGCCGACGACAAAAAUUCAACGUCUAAUAUAAUACAGAUAGAUCAGCCCGACUUUGGGAUGCCCAGUCGUGAGUACUUCCUCCAUGACCCGGGAUCUGAUUAUAUCCAGGCCUAUCUCCAAUACAUGACGGAUACUGCUGUAUUGUUGGGGGCAACUCGAUCUGAUGCAGAGAGGGAAAUGAGAGAAGUGUUCCAGUUUGAAACCAAAAUUGCUAAUAUAACAAAGCCAUCUUCGGAGAGACACGAUACUGGAGCUAUCUAUAACAAAAUGUCGAUUGGAGACCUCGCCAAAGAUGUACCCAAUUUUCAAUGGUUGGAAUACUUUUCAAAGUUCAUUCCUUAUCAACUGGGCUACAAAGAAAAUCUGGUAUCAUUUGCUCCAGAAUAUAUGAAAGAUAUGGCUAAGUUGUUGGAAGUCACCGACAAAAGAAUUAUAGCCAAUUAUGUAGUUUGGAGAGUAGUAUUAGAAUUCCUACCCGACUUACCAGAAAUUUACCAGAAGGUUCGCAGAGAAUUUCGAGCUAAAUCACAAGGAAUAACAAGAGAUAAACCAAGAUGGCAGAAAUGUGUUGAAUUGACAAAUGACGAUAUGGGGAUGGCAGUGGGCGCCAUGUUUAUACGAGAGAAUUUCAAAAAGGAAAGUAAAGAUGCUGCACUAAAUAUGAUUCACAAUUUAAGAGAAGCUUUUAAUGAACUUUUGGAUGAAAAUGACUGGAUGGAUGCAUCAACUCGUAAAGUAGCGAGAGUUAAGGCAUAUGCAAUGAAUGAAAGAAUUGGCUAUCCUGAUUUCAUUAAAAAUGAAUCAAAACUGAACAAUAAGUACGGAGAUUUAAAUAUAGGUCCGGAGUAUUUUUCUAAUCUGAUGAAUAUCAAGAGAUAUGAAGUGGCAUCUGUGAUGAAGAAACUUCGAAAACCCGUAGAUAAAGAUCAAUGGGAGCAAGAUCCUGCAGUAGUAAACGCAUUUUACAAUCCUAACACAAACGACAUUGUUUUUCCUGCCGGAAUAUUACAGCCUCCGUUCUACAGUGAUCGGUAUCCGAAAUCUUUAAACUAUGGUGGGAUUGGUGUAGUAAUUGGACACGAAAUCACGCAUGGAUUUGAUGAUAAAGGUCGACAGUAUGAUAUGACGGGAAACUUAAAGCAAUGGUGGAAGAACGAUACAAUUGAAGCCUUCAGGUCUAGAGCCCAGUGUAUGAUUGAUCAGUACUCCAACUACAAACUGGAACAGAUAGGUCUUAAUAUUGAUGGAAAAAAUACACAGGGAGAAAACAUUGCUGAUAACGGAGGACUCAAACAGGCUUAUCGGGCGUACAAAAAGUGGUUUGAGAAGUAUGGACCUGAGAAAGAUCUACCUGGAAUUGGUCUCUCUCACCAACAGUUAUUUUUCCUCAACUACGCACAGAUCUGGUGUGGAAGUAUGCGUGAUGAAGAAGCACUAGAAAAAAUAAGGACUUCAGUUCACAGUCCGGGAUCAAUAAGGGUUCUGGGACCUCUAUCCAACUCCUAUGAUUUUUCGGAAGCGUACAAGUGCCCGAUUGGUAGUCGUAUGAACCCAGAAAAGAAGUGCCACAUCUGGUGAUUUGGAUACAAUAAAUGAAUCUCGGUCCUUCCUAUUCCCAUACACAUGGGAAGCGCUUUUAUUUUAUGCCAAGCAGGUUUUACAUAAACAGAUACUUCAGGCAUAGACACGCAAGCUCUGAAUAGCAAUGGAACAAAGGCAAAGAGUUUUUCUUUGUGUAUUUUGAAGCAUUGCUGGCUGUAACAAAUAUCCUAAUCCAUGGACUUUUGUCAGCAAAUUUGAUUUGCAGUGAUGAAGAUAUAUAAAUGCAAUACGUUUUGGAGUUGUUGUAUUAUAUCUUGUUGGGUGCGUCAAAAUGACGUUAUUUAUAUAAUUAUACAUGUACGAAAUCAUGAAUAUUUAUGAAAUAUUUUUGUCUAAUUUAAUUAUUAAACCAAACUGUUUGUUAUGCUAAAAUGUUGAAAGAACAAUUAAAUGCAUAUGAUAUAACAUAUUACUGUACAAAGACUGACAUAACAGUCCAAACUCGUAAAUUUGCUCGUUUGACGUCAUGAAUAUUAUAUAGUUACAUUUUAAAUUAUUUACUUUUAAAAAAGUUUAUUUAAUCCAUAAAUUCAAUUAAUGUUGUGAAAAUUGCGUAUUUAAAAAAUUAUUGAUAAAAGACGUUCAUAUCAUGUAUUUGUAAGCAUUAAGAAAUUUUACACAUACCCCAUUUAAAUUUGAAAUUAAAAAUAUUUUUACUUUUUUAUAUACACUUCAUAGUACUCAAAUAAAAAAGGUCUUUAUAAUUUUUCUUCUUAAUUAUAGCAAGAUUUUUUAAACUUAAAACAGACACAAUAUUUAGAAUUUCCAUUAUUGAGUCGUUUAUCUCAUAAGCUUUAGAUAUAAGAUUUUCUAGAGCAAGGUUCGUCGUUUGCACGGUCCAUCACAGCUUUUACUUUCAUAAUUCUAUCGUUACAAUUUUAUACUUUAGGAUAUAAUGUACAAAGUUUUAAUCUAUUGUGAUAUGUAUUUUUUUUUCUAAUUAUUAAGUACUAAUAUAUGUGUUCAUUCUUGUUCAUAUAACCUCCUCAGUUCUCUUUUGUUUUUGUUUGCUGAAUAAGGUUGCGUCUCAGUUUAAUGUCGUAUACUUUUUGCCUACAUGUACACAAUUUGUAAAAUAAAUUGUCGAAGUAAUA